CAGGUUAAUGCACUUGUCUUUCGUAUUCGCUUGUUUUGAACCUUUGAUAACAAAGAGCCAUGCCAAACCUCUCAAUUUCCGUCCCAAAUCUAACCACCUCGACAACCGUUUCUUCUAUCCUGAACAACUUCAAGGAAUCGAGUUUAGGUCAAGUGUUGACCAGACCUGAUAUUCUAACUCUUGCUCUCUUCUUGUCUAUAUUGAUUGUCCUAUGUGGUGUUGGUAAUGCAUUGGUUUGUAGGACCAUCUUYGUGACUAGAAGACUUCAUUUUCCUGGCUAUUACUUUGUAGCAAGCUUGGCUGUCGCCGACUUUCUAGUUGGGGUCUUUGUGCUACCUCUAUCACUGGCAUAUAUGAUGACAUUUCAAAUGAAAGGAUAUUGGAUAUUCGGUGAAGCAGUAUGUGAUGUCUGGGUGCUAGCAAGUAUGUGGUUCGGUUGCGCAUCCAUCUUGAAUCUCUGCGCAGUCACGUGGGACCGUUACAUCGCAGUGACGUCACCGCUCCUCUACGUAAUGCGCAUGAGUGAUCGUCACGUGAUCCGACUGAUCGUAGGUAUCUGGUCCACAUCCUUCAUUGCUGCGAUAAUAAAUUGCUACGGCCUCAAAAUGUCUCCGACAAGAGUUUUGUGUGAGGUGUCGGGUCUACCUUUGAUUUAUAGCUCCAUUGACUUUCUUCUUCUUUUCCUCUUGCCUUUGGUGUGCGUCGUCUUCGUCAACUGUAAGAUAUGGAUUAUUGCCACGCGUCAAUUGAAGCGGAUACAAGCACAGGUACCCCAAGCAAUAGAACUGAACGAAACCCAGGACACUUCCGUUGUCGAUACCUCGAGUUCUCAAAGCCAAACAUCGAGAAACCGCACAUUUAAGAAAGAAAUCAAAACCUUCCGCACGUUCCUCAUUGUGAUUGGCUCAUUCUUCUGUAGUUGGACGCCAUUUUAUUUGAUGGUAUUCAUCGAUUCGUUUUCAAAAGUGAUUGGUGUUGUAGCCCACUUUUGCGUCAUUUUAACUUACGUGAAUAGUGCUUCUAAUCCUUUAAUAUACGGAAUCUUCAAUCGAGAAUUCAGAAAUGCAUUAUUUCGGAGCUUAAAAUGUCGAACAUAACUUAUUGGUUUUGAUAAAGGCGUGAUUACAACGAAGCCAUUUUCUCUGAAACUUGUCUCUCAACAGUGCAAGAGUGUUUACACGAUGCAACGGGAUGCAAUCGUUGCCAAAAGUAGAAAAAAAUUCUACUUUUCGCAACGAUUGCUACAACUUGUAGGUUACACGCUGCAAUGCUCUAUGCAAUUUGUGUCGCAAAUCGUUGCGAGACAAGUUGCAGAGAAAAAUACUCCGCGUAAUCGCGCCUUAUAUUUUAAGUGUUCUAGAUAUCUUUCUGCUUUCCAGGACAAACAGAGGGUUCUAGCACAAAAAAGUGCGAACCAAAUAAACUGAUAUGAACAGAGGCACGAAAAAAGUUCUGGAGCUAAUAUAAGAAAAAAGAAAGAAAGACUGUUGUAAAUAGUUGAAACAAUAAGUAUAUACCAAGCCAAUCAGAACGCGCGAUCUUUUAGGAUACCGGACCGGGAAAAAAUAAAUAUAAAAUAUGUAGACAGUUUCUGAAACAACAUCUGACUGAUCUACGGACAGGACAGAACUAACUCACAGAUCGAAUUAGACUGAUUCCCUAAGUCGUAGUUUUCGCUGGAAUCAUAGCCUACGUCACAUCCGGAAUUUUCUUCGUAAGACCGUAUUUACGAAGAAAAUUCCGGAUGUGACGCAGGCUACUGAAAUCAGUGUCAAGAUCGAAUUGAAAUUUAGCUGGUUGAGUUGUUACGAAAACUAGAGAACCAGGAAAAAAAUCGAAUCAAGGGAGAAACCUAACAAACUCUACUCGUAUGUACUCACAUUUGCACUACCGCGAAAAUUGUGCGCACAAUAUCCCAGGAUCUCUGCACUGUCAGGAAAAAGUGCUUGACUUCAUGUCACGAUCAGUCACGUAAUCUUGUCAUGCACUACCGCGCAAAUUGUGGGCACAAUUUCCCAGGAUCUCUGCACUGUCAGGAAAAACUGCUUGACUUCAUGUCACGAUCAGUCACGUAAUCCUGUCAUGCACUACCGCGCGAAUAGCGUAGCGCAGCCGUGACGUCAUAAAAACGAAGACAAAGGCGAAAUUCGGACAAACAAACUUACAAGUUUACUUUCAGCAGAUAAUUUUCACAGCCGAUCGCAGUUGAUCUUAGUUUACAUGGGUUAUUAUUGUAACUGUAACAGCGCCAUCUUAAGACCCACCUUCUUAAAUUAGCAU